AUGGCACUUCUUCAGCAUGUCGUGAUCGCUUUGGCCUCGAUAUGCUUGACUUGGGCUAUCCACUGUUAUGAAGCGGACCACGGAGAAAACAAAGUUGUUAAAACAUGUCCUGAGGGAAACCACUGCACGAACCUCACAGAAUACAACAAUUCGUCCACACUGCACUACUAUAGUUGCGCUGAAGAGCCAUGCACGGAUGGAUGCAAUGAAAUUAGCGAUAUGGCGACAUUUUGUUGUUGUAGCACAGAUCUUUGCAAUGAAGCCAUGGAAUUGACCUCCAAUAUGCCCGCUCUUCUAGCAAUUUCAGUGAUUAUUUUGAGUCUGCUCUUAUGCGAUGCAAAUUACUUUUGAUCUUAUUUUGAUUACAUCGACAUAUUUAUAGAGUUUAAGAAGCAUCUAGGUUAUAAGGACAAAACUUUGGCACCGUGCGUUCCUUGCCUGCGAUUCCGAUAUAUUAUGUUAUUUGUUGUAAGUGGCACUAUUUAACGAUUGUGAAACCGGGACAUAUGCGUUUGACGUAGCAAACUUCUCUACUACGCAGCGAAUACCACAUAAUCAGCUUCGGUGUUGUUCUUGUAGUACUCAAAUAUGAUAAUUCGCCUUGUUACCAGGUUGUGACAUAAGUCUUGUUACACUUUAACUUCUUACGGCGAUAAGUCACGCACUUCAUAUUAUUAAUAGGGCUCCAGGG